AUGUAUGUAGAUAGACAGCUGGCUAAGCGGGAUUUAUCAAAUACCGACCCGGAAUACGCACUUGAUCUCGAAGUUAAAACAGAAGGCGUUCGCAGCAUCCCUCAAGUGCUCAUCGAUGUCUUCUACGCCGAUGGCAUCAGCCGGCCGCUGCCUUUCGAAGUGCGCCACGUCCUCACCAGCCGGCCGGCAAUAGCGGAGGCCGAUAGAGCAGUUGCACAAGCUGUUGAGGAGCUCACUAAGACGCUGCAGGCGCACCCAGCGCCCGUGCACAUAUCAUACGAUGAGGGCAAACUGCAGCUUUCAGUAAUUCCCGCAGGAAGUGGGUCGGCCAUUCCGGGGGCAGCACAACAGUACCAACGCUUGCAACAGCGUGCCGUGCGGCUGAGCUCCGCGCUAUCUGCCAUGCGUAAGGCAGCACCGGGGCUAAGGUUCGCGGUCACGGUGGUGCCCUCGCCGGCCCAGGGAGCACGGACAUUCUCCUGGCGGUUGACACCGCGGCCGGAUGUGGGCUCUUUGAACCGGGCCCAGGGGCUUAAGGAACAAGAACCGUCGCGCGGUAAAGUGGCCGCAACCAGGAGUAUGGCCACACCGCUCCAAGUGGCCAGUGCGCACGGCGCUGCCACCAUAAUGGACGCCGCCGCAACGGUAGCGCAGCAAGCUGCCGCCAUUGCUGCCGCCGUCACUACUACCGCUGCACCGUUAAUACAGCUGGAGCUAGAGGCAGGCCGCCGACUUGUUGCAGUGACACCGCCAGCAAGCUUCCUGAUGGCGGCAGCCGCAGCCACCGCCGCACAGCGCACAGCUCGGCAUGGCGGCGUCCUGCGUAGCUUAUCCCUGACACGCGGCGCUGACGCGUCUGACGUCAGCGGUGGCGGCGCCGCAGCCGUCAGCAAGGGUAUCGCGGCUGCUGACGAGGCCGCGGCGGUGCUGCGCCGGGCAUUGAGUAGCGCCAACCAUGCAUUGUUCCGAUUGGCCAAGCGCGGUGCUGCCGGGGCGAGCGCUGGAAAAGAUGCAGCAGCACUGCGCAAGGGGGACCCGUCCGCUUACCCUAUCGCACAAGCUGUAACGCUGGUGUUUGAGGCGGCUCUUGACGCCACCCGCCACGCGGCGGCCACCGCCGCGAUGUCAGAAGCGGCAGCGGCACCAAUGCCGCCACCGCCGCGACCUCCCAGCGGUGAUGGCGGUGGCAUCGGUGGCUCAAUUGAUGGGUUGUCUGUUAGUGAGCUCAUCUCCGUGGAGCCGCAGCUCCGCUCUGCCUCGGAGUCGGGCAGCAUGCUUAGCAGCAGUGUCAAUGCUGGCGGCGCAUACUGUGGCAGUACGGCCGGUGGCUGUGCCAGCAACUGUGAACCUCCCAGCCCACUGCUGUCCAAGGGCUACGGGAGCGGCACUAGUGCGGACGGCCUCAACCCCGGAGGGAGCUGGUCCUGGGACUGGGGCAUUGAGCCCCGCGUGCCUGGCGUGUCAUUCCCGGACUGCCUGUCGCCCAAGGUACGGGCGGUGUAUGAUGCGGUAAAUCGUGUGGUGGACACAGCUCGCGCUGUCACGGAGGAGCUGCCGCGGGUGCAGCGGGAGGUGCUGGUGCUCGUGGAUGAGUCCGAGGCGGUGUUCCGAAAGAAUGAAGAGCAGCUGCACAUCAUGGCGCACGACAUGAUGUCCGCGGGAAGGGCGGAAAAGAUAGAGCGCCACAGGGUGUUGGUGUGUUGGGAAAAUCUUCUUCCACACAUCAAGCGCGGUUUUGCCGUACUGCUGUAUCAUGCCGUACUGUGCAGGUUGAGAGCUGCGUUAGAUCGUAACGCCAACACCAUCAGCGCCAGUCCCACACUUGUGGAUCAGGUGAGGGCCGCCGUGACGCGAUUGAUGAGCGAACUGCGGCGCGGCGCAGAGCAAAUGCGGGAGAUGGUGGCGCAGAGGGAGGUGGGGCCCGGUGGGGAUGUCAGUGCAGACGAUAUGCGGGAGUGCUGCGACAGCAGCCGCCGUGGCAGCGGCAGCGGCAGCCGCAGCAUCAUGGCACGCCAGCUCAACAAGGCAGCGGCUGUAAUGGCAACGGCUGCGUUGGCACCGGUGGCAGCUGGGGUGGAGGAAGGGGAAGAGGAGGUCCAGCUACCAGACGCUGGAUCGGAAAUCGAGUCUGUGUCUGUGUUGCCCUCCACGCUGUCCACCGGUGGCAACAACGCCGGUGGCGACACUGCCAGCAAGUGCAGGGACCUGGCCACGGGCAAUACAGAUGUCGAGUACAACGGCAGGGUUGACAGCGGUGUCAACGAUGGCGGCACCGACCACAACGUUUCCGGAGACCGGGCAGCCGUGCCGGCAGACGUCCGGGCACGACGUCCCGACGACGCGGGCUCCAAACCAGCUUCCCAUCUGCAGGAGGGGGGUUGCUGCGACCUACCGAAUGACCGGAUGGAUGACGUGGUGGCCAAGUUGCGGCAGGUGCCACCGGCGUCGUAA